GUCGGCCAGCGGCGCCAAGCGGCGGGCGCGGGUUCGCAAGACCGCGGUCUGCUUCUCGGCCCCGCCGUCGGUGGACCCGGACGCGUACGGUGUGGCGCUCUCCAGCGAGAUCCCGCUCGUGUCCAGCGGCGCGCCGGACAGCUCACCCCGGCGGCCCGCAAGCACAAUGAGCGAGGACAAUCCCGGCUCACAGUCCUCCAGCUGUGAGCCGGCCACCUCCUCUACCUCUGCACAGGGUGACACUUCGUCCUCACCGAGUGGCAGCUCUCCCGCUCCUGCCGCCGCCGGUUCCAGCGAGGCCUCCACUGACGUGGAAAACAGUCCGGGGAGGAGGACCCCUUCCAGUCGGGGCAGCGACGUAAGCAGCCAGAGGCGACGUCGUCUCACGAGCGCCGUGUCCGUUGACGAGAGGCCCGAACUCUUCCUGUCUGUCGAUGAGCUGCUGCGGCCGCCGACGCCGCCGCCGCGCCAGCCGCCGCUGUACCUGCGCCUGAUGACGGGGAGGCCGCGGGGACAGCGGAUCCCGCGCUCCCAGACCGUCAUCUUCUGCGGCCAGCGCCGGAUCCGCUCCGAGCUCUGGUUCGCCGUGCCGCGCGACUGCUGUGACGAGCUGUACAACGCCAUCCGGGAGGCGUCGCCAGAGAUCUGCGGAGGUCUGGACGUCACCAAGCCGGAGAGUCGCGGCUACGAGCUGAUCGUCUCGGACGACGAGACUAUUUGGGAGCCUGAAGGAGAGCCAGAAGACGCUGAGAACACUACCACAGAUAGAUCAAAUCGAGAUGCCCAGCCGGCUGACGCCUCGGGCGAGAAUCCGGCCGCGCGCGGCCUCGAGUCGCCGGGUUUGGGCAUGGCCCUCGUCCCUGACCUGGGCAUCCGUGGAAUCUGCUCUUCAGCACCAGUGGAGCACGGGUGCAGCCUGAAGGUCGCUGUACCGCCGGGGCUGCCGAGCAUGAGUGCCCCAUGGUGCCUGUUCGUCCAGGAUGCCGAGCAGCACGUGUUCGGGGCUGUAAGUUCGGAUCCUAUCCGGAUGGAUCCCCACUACUACGGCACUGGCGAAUCGUUCCUGUUCACGUUCCAUCCGGAGUUCCGCGAGUUCCGGUGGAGUGGCGAGAACCAGUACUUUGCCCGAGGCUCCCUCUACGGCCUUGAAUUCGGCUCCGGAGAGGGCCGCUCUGGCCUGUUUUUGGAUGAGGAGCUGUACCGCGGCCACACAGAGCCGUGCCGCACCUACAAUAACGAGCCGCUCACCACCAGCCGCGACUUCCUCAUCCACGCCGUCGAGCUCUGGGCGCUGGCGUGAGGCGAG